UUCAAUUCUUAGCUCUUAUUUCUAAAUACCUUGGAGCCAAGGGAGAUGCUGUGAUAUGACAUACUAGAAUAUAUUUUUGUACCCAAAUGAUCAUCUUCUGGAGAAGAAUUCUGUUACACACCAUUAAUACUGUCAACCUACACCUGUGACUGCAGGAGCUAUAACAUAGGAAAGCCAUCAUUGUAAAGUGUCACUCUUUAUAGUGUGCAAAUAGAAUUAUGAAUGUUUGUAGAGGCUCUGCCCUUAUCGACUGACCUGCCGUAUCUGAAUGUGAAGUCACCGAUCUGCACUCAGGCACCAGAUCUGAGGAAGUACAUUGCAGUGGCUCUUGAAUCUCAGCAAUCAGCAUUUUUGAGCAUAAAGUGAACCACUGAGUUCUUCAUUAUGUCUGAUGGAGACUAUGAUUACCUCAUCAAAUUUUUAGCUUUGGGAGACUCUGGAGUAGGGAAGACCAGUGUACUUUACCAGUACACAGAUGGUAAAUUUAACUCCAAAUUUAUCACAACAGUGGGCAUUGAUUUCAGGGAAAAGAGAGUGGUAUACAGAGCCAAUGGGCCAGAUGGAGCUGUUGGCAGAGGCCAGAGAAUCCACCUGCAGUUAUGGGACACAGCAGGGCAGGAGAGGUUCCGAAGCUUGACAACAGCGUUCUUCAGAGAUGCAAUGGGGUUUCUUCUGCUCUUUGAUCUGACAAAUGAGCAAAGCUUCCUCAAUGUCAGAAACUGGAUAAGCCAGCUACAAAUGCAUGCAUAUUGUGAAAACCCAGAUAUAGUGCUCUGUGGAAAUAAGAGCGAUCUGGAAGACCAGAGAGCAGUGAAAGAGGAGGAAGCCAUAGGACUUGCAGAGAAAUAUGGAAUCCCCUACUUUGAAACUAGCGCUGCCACUGGGACAAACAUAAGCCAAGCAAUCGAGACGCUCCUGGACCUGAUAAUGAAGCGCAUGGAGCGGUGCGUGGACAAGUCCUGGAUCCCGGAAGGAGUGGUGCGGUCUAACGGCCACGCCUCUAUGGAGCAGCUAAGCGAAGGAAAGCAGAAGGGGGGGUGUGGCUGUUGAGGAGUCAAGUGAGCUACACAGUGAUUGAAGUGGCCGGUGCCUGUAAUUUUCUCUCUGGGCGGUCCACCGCCCAGAAAGAGAUGAAUGGGCAUUGUAUACAAGCUCCUUCUCACCAUUCCAAUUAGACCAAUCAAUAAAGCAUCCAGUUUUAAAAUCAGUUUGCUGCAGCUUUGUAAAUAUUUCUUGAAGAUUCAGCCUGAGAGUUAGGAGAAAUAUUGCACAUAGCCAAAAAAGUGCCUUAUAAAUCUUUAGCCUGUGGCAGUAGAUCAGUCAGGGAUUGAGGAUUUUGUAGCCACUGCGGAGUGUGUUUAUUGUGAAGGGUGACGGAAGUUAUUGUCACCUGCCUUAACAUGAAUCAGCCCGGUGUCUCACAUUCAAGGUCUGAGAUGCAAUUAUAAGACUACCAGUCUUUAAUCCAAAUUAAAUUAUCUUACUUGUAGUGUAAGUAACCUUGAAAAUGCCAUCUAAACUGCUUGAAUAUUAAACAAAAAUAUACACAAACAUCAGUUCACUAUCCUCAAAUAUUAAUUUAUGUAAGCAUUCUCUUUAAAAUGAGCACUGCACAAAUUAUGGCCACAUCUAUAGACCUCAGACAAACUGGACUGACCAAUUGUGUACUCACUGUGGUUCCUGUCGGUGGGAAAGGGAUUGGGGGUGAGGGCAGGGGUGGCUUAAUGUAACAUGAGCAACAGAAAGGUGGGGCCUCCAGCUCCCUGCUGUGUUCCUGUUGCUCUGACAGUUUGAUUGAAGGGUCAGGGGACUCGAUUUUCAUGGCUUUAGUUCACUGUGAUCUGUGCAUUUACACUUGACCUACAUGCUGGCCACAUCUGAACACAGCUGGUGCUCAUGCUGAAGCUACUUGUAGUAAGUGAAUAUACCGCUUCUUUUUCUUUACAUUUACGACGUUGGCCUACCAUCCUCAAACUGUGCCUUCGAUUAGCAUGUGAACUACUGAUCUUCUGUACUCAUCGUCGAGUUCUGUGUUGUUGACAUUUGCAACUUGUUUUAUUUUUACAUUGGUGGAACUGAAGGAAUUAGUUUUUAAUUAUGUAAAUGUUUGUUUGCCAUUUAGUGGAAGAUAGAUGUUUAUAUUUAAGCAAUUACAUUUGUACUCUAGCUCCAAAUAAGACAAACUAAAUGUUCUAUGGGCUGUAUUUUUGAUGGAGAUCAUGGGCACCUGUACUUGCUGGGUCUCGCCAAGGUCAUGCAUUCUCCUACAUUGCCAACAUGUCAUCAUACCAAAUUAAAGGUGGUUUUAAACUGUGCUUCAUGGCAGUUUAUAAAGAUCGAAGGGGAAAUUCUUAUUUAUUAAAGUUGUUUAAAUAGAUUAAAAUAUCCAAGAUACUUAAUAGCUAUUUAGAAAGAAAUACAUUAUCAUAUAAAUAAAGAAUAAAAGUAAGUGUAUUUCAUGGAGGCAAAUGUUUGGCAGAAGUCUAGUCAGAAAAACACAACUAUUAUGGAACGCAAUUGCUCUUACAUGAAUAUUUUCAAACACAUUUUUACUGAGUAUCUGUCCAGUUUGCUGCCACUGCCCUCCCACAGUUCCCUUAAAAAAACUUAGCUGUGGUUGCUAAGAUGUUUUGUAUUUCUGUCUGUAAAAUGAGACCUUCUUUUAAAUCCUAAAGAAGUCGUCGUGUCCUCUGUGUUUGAAUUGUGUGUUCUAGUGAGGAAGGAUUCAGACACGUCAGGGUCAGAGUCAUGAUCACAAGCAGUGCCUUCCAAAGUUGCCAUAAAUGUCAGUGGAGUAAGUCAUGUUUUUAUAUCUACAUAUCAGGGGACAUUAACUGUGCUCUAUUUGUGUAGUUAAGAAGAAAUCAAUUUUCUGUGUUUCUGUUUUUCAACAACCAAAGGAGCAGCUCGCUACAAAUUCCAUUCGCCUUAAAUAUAAUGUGCAGUUAUAUGUGUAUACAUGACACAGUGCACACACACAAACCAUCUUUGUUAUUGAAAUAACUAACCUUUAUUCUCUUUGGAAAACCUUUGUUUAAAUUUGUUACUGAAGUGCCAUAUUUUUGUGAGUCAAUGUAUUUUUCUAUUUAUAAGCCUGUGUAACAGUGAAGCGUAUCUUCUGUGAACAGUGUGCCAACUGAGCUUAUAAUAAAAUAGUGCUCUAGUCUCUCAA